AUGGCCUCAGUUCCUGCCGACCAACCCCAUUCCUCACGUCUGGCCCCGGAAAGCGCUGCAACGGCGGCCGCUUCAACACACCCGCAGAAACAAACUGUGGACUCCUCGGAGACAUCCUCAAAUCCGGUCUCAGACUCUCCCUCCCACUAUUCGUCCUUCUCCAGCUCCGACAGCGACGAACCAAUCCCGCACUCGAUCGAAGUUACCGAUGAAGAUGCCGCCGGCGACGUGGUGGGGGUUAGCAUCGGGCGCGAGCAGAGCCGCAUGAAGGCCCGAGCAACCCCCGUGGAAGAGAAGAAUCGGGUGCUGGAACACCAGGGCACAUAUUUUACGCCUAUCCCGGAUACUAUAGGCGAGGAUGGACUGUUUGCGUCGGAACUCACGGCCGAGCCAGAGUCAGUGGAGCCCAAGGUCGAAAAGGCACCAGCACCGGCACCAGCACCGGCACCACGCGAACGAAGGUCCGGACAUAAGCCUAGGGCGUCAUACCCCUCUGCACAAUAUAAAGAGCCCGAACCAGGCCACCUUGCGCAUGGCCCUCGCAGCGAUCUGUUUGCGUCGGCUCCUGGAAAGACCGGGUCGAAAGAUACAGCCGUGAGCCAGCGGUCUGGCUUUGUCGGGACCUUAUUGAAGAACACAUUACCUCGCCGACCACGUGCCUGGUCUGGCGAGUUUAAGAAAUUCCUGCCUGACCUGACCUCUCUGAGGAAACGGCCAUCUCUCUCGUUCCGUGCCCACAAUGGCCAAAACAGACUCCGCAGCCAGACGGUAGCCCCCGCAGCUAAAAGCAACUUGGGAUUGCCGAAAAGAACUUCAUCGCUGAUCCUGCGUCGGCCGCCAUCACCUCUUGCACCUAGUAGCUCUAGCAUUGACGAUGACGGAGAAGCCGCUCACCCGAUACCUGAGCUGCGCUCACCAGAUGGAACCUCGGCUGCGAAACAUUCCUUCAUACGGAGGCCUAGUUCAGCGAUGCCCGGUCGACCGCCAAGUCUGCGGAGGUCCUCGUCGGAUCAAUCGCUGUAUCUGCGUGCGUCCUCCACGGCAUCGUCCCUAGAGCAGCGACCAUUAUACGAGAAUGUACACACUCAGGUAAACAGCCGGUUCAAGGCAAUCAAGGAUAGUCUCCAGGACUCGAGUAGCAGACUGCUCAGCAUGCCGAAUCUCCAUCUGCAGGAUAUACGCACUGAUUGGGGUUCUCGCCCGUUCCUGCCAGAGCUUGGAAACGGUUCAUCGAGUAACAGCAACGGUGCCUGCGGUACUACCAAAGCGGAACAACCACCGCGGGUUGCAACCCCGCCGCUAACUCCGCGGAACAAUGUUAACAUAACACAUCCAAUCUUGGAAGAAGCAAUGGCAGACCUCACGGGCGAUGUCGUGAUUCUAGGAGGCUAUCGAGGAUCAAUCCUGCGGUCUGCUAAGCCACCCCACCGUCAACUUUGGGUGCCGAUGAAGGUUGGCCUGAAUCUGCGGAAAGUAGACUUGGAGGUCGGUCUGAACCCAGAGGACGAGGAACGCAUGGAAGAGACCAUCAUUCCGUCUGGGGUUCUCUCCCACGUUGGCCCGGUGGAUGUCUGUCGACGAUUGAUGAAGCGGCUGCGCAAGAGCGAAAAUGCCCUGAGUGGCGAUAUGCGCGUCCACGAUUAUGGAUAUGACUGGCGUCUAAGCCCCGAGCUUCUCUCGCGCAGACUCAUCUCCUUCCUAGAGAGCCUGCCAUGCAACCAGGAGCCUUCACCGGGUGAGCCCCGACGCGGCGCUACAGUCAUCGCGCACAGCCUGGGCGGUCUCAUAACCCGACACGCGGUCAACGAGCGACCCGAUCUAUUCGCGGGAGUCGUGUACGCAGGCGUACCCCAGCACUGCGUGAACAUCCUCGGACCACUCCGCAGCGGCGACGACGUCCUCCUCAGCUCUCGCGUUCUAACAGCGCAAGUAAACUUCACCUUCCGCACUAGCUUCGCCCUCCUCCCGGAAGACGGCCACUGCUUCAUCGACAAGCAAAGCAAAAAGGAAUUCCGCAUCGACUUCUUCAACCCCAAAACCUGGGAAGACCACCGUCUCUCCCCUUGCAUGGGUCCAGCCUUCCCCGUACCCCCAACACCAGUAACCCUCGGCUUCAAAGACAUCCCCAUAAUCGGCAAGCGCUUCUCCAUGGGUCCGCGCGAGGACUCCGACGAAUUCCUCAGUCAACAAGACCUACACAACCACCCCCAAGACGGCCACCACGCCCUCACAGCAACAGAAAAAGACAUAUACGCCCGCAACAACAACACACCCCAUAACCCAGCCUCCGGAAAAACCCAAAACCCCGCCGAUGGCUUGGUCGGACCAGGCGCACAACCGCGCAGCAGCGCGGCAACCUCCAAAAUAGCCACGACGAGCACCAUUCCGCUCCCCGCAGCGAGGGAGUACCUGCAGCGCACGCUGGCGGAUACCAAGCGGUUCAAGGCAAAUCUGGCGUUCCGGCCGACGCACCAUUCCGAGAACAGAUACCCGCCUGCGGCGGUGUUGUACGGGAAGACGUUGCCGACUGUGUACGGGGCGCGGGUUGUCUCGCGUGAGGGUAUUAAGCAGGUUGAUGCGUAUGAUGAUCUUGCGUUUGCAGCUGGGGAUGGGGUUUGUCUUGCUUCGGCUGCUAUGUUGCCGCCUGGAUAUAGGAUUAUUAAGGAUGGGUUGGUGAAGAGUGAUCGUGGGCAUGUUGGGUUGCUUGGGGAUCUUGAGGGGGUUGGGCAGUGUCUUAGGGCUAUUCAUCGGGGGAGGAAGGAGGGGGUUGGAUUGGGGGAGAAGGAAUUGUGA